AUGAGACAGUUUUCACUUCGCGCUCACGCGUCGCCCAUAUCUUGCAUCCUUUCCCUAUCACCGCAACAGGUCCUCACCGCAGAUGAAACGGGCCAGGUCAUAACAUGGGACCUCACCACGAGACGCCCCACGCAUCAAUGGCAAGCACACACCGACGCCGUGCUCACCAUGAUCCCAUGGCACAACUACGUGAUCACGCACUCGCGCGACCACACCGUGAAAUUUUGGUUUAACGGAAAGUUAGCAUACGAGUUCCCCAUCAACGCCCUCAACUACACCAACAUUGUCUUGUUGAACGGCUCCUAUCUUGUAACACCAGCAACCACGGACUCGACAAAUAUAGACAUAUACAAACUCACACGCGACCCCGUCGGAAUCACACGGGUCAUCGCCAACUACUCCGCAUACGAGACCCUCCACAGCGUCAAAAACUCCGAUCUAGCCGGGCGCAAGGACUUUGGCAUCAUCAUGCAAAUGGCGGUAAUCCAAGACGAAAUCUACAUAGGCUACGAGUCCGGUGACAUAGUAGGUCUCAAGCUCCUUCACGCUCCCCCAUCCAUCCCCAAGCACCACCACCACGACGACGAGUCAUCGACCUCGCUAAUCAACAAAGACGCAGGAUUGAAACUAACAUACCAUAACAACUCGCACGUGCCCGAGCCCGUGAUUUCGCUAGCUGACUUGAACGGUAUACUAGUCUCCGGUUCAACGACAAACACGCUCAUAGUGCACACUGACCCCGUGCGGCAAAUCAAGUACCAUGGUUCCGGGAUCAAGAGCGUGCUAGCUUACGACGAAGAGUUGAUCGUGGCGUUCUGGGAUGGGUCAAUUGAUUACCACGGAGAAAUAAUCCAACGCCCCUUGCCUCAUUUAAAUGAUAAUGGCGAUGGUGAUGGUGAUGGUGACGCAAACGAUAAGAACAGAAUCAGGCUCACCUAUAUGACGCUGUUGAAACCUAUUGACCAAGUCUCGGCCUCGGCCGAUGAUGGUAAAUUCGGCAGGGUGAAACAUUCUCGUGCCAUCAAGAAAGAUGUCCUGAUUAAUUUGCUCCUUGCGGGAUACGAAGACGGCUCGAUUAUAGCUUAUGAUAUAUGA